CAGUAACCAGAAAAUUGUCGAAAAAUUGCACGAUAAACGAUUAUUUUAACAUUUUUAUCGAAUUUCUAUUCAAUUAAUCAAGUUAAAUGUAUUAUUAAGUAGUAAGAGAAUCGCCAUCACUUAAGGAAUACAUCAGAGAGUGUAGCAAAUAGACAAAAAUGUCAUUAUUUAAGAAACCGAAAAAAUCUAUAUCAAAUAGAAGAAUUUUCAGUAGCGAAAAUGAUCCAGAAAAUGCUGAAAAGAUGGAUAUAGACGAGGAUAGUCGAGAAUCGAGAAAAGAGAGCUCAACAAAAGAUAAGAAAAAGGAGAAAGAGAAAGAAAAGCUGCCAAUUAAGCCACAGAAAAGUUCAUUGUUGAGUUUUGUUGAUGAAGAUGAAGGUGAAACAUUUCAAGUAAAGAAAUCGAGUUAUAGCCGGAAGAUCUAUAAAGAGCGCAAAAAAGAAAAGCAUAGGUCUAGCGAAAAGUCCAUUAAAAGUAAUAGUAAUAACUCUCAAAAUUCCAAUAAUAAUUCCCAACGCGAUAAUAUUACCUCUAACGUCACUAAGGAGAGUAAUUAUGUGAAAGAAAUUCAAUCAGAAUCAGAUGGAUUCUCGAUUCGACUCAAGAAUUCUAAUCCUGACAAUAUGAUACUUAAUGGUCGUGCUGCUCUAUGUGCUGGACGUGAUGAGAUGUCAUCAGAUGAUGAAAAUGAAGAAAGUGAAAAGGAUCGAUAUCAAGGCAUUAAGUUUUCACAACCAGAUGAAAUUAAGCUGAAAUUAGAGUCUGGAGCGAUUCCUGAUGCUGCCAUGAUUCAUGCAGCUAGAAAAAGACGCCAAAAAGCUCGAGAAGAAGGUGAAUUCAUAUCAAUUGAUGAUGAUCAGGAACAAAUAAGAAAAGGUAAGAGAAAUGUUCGUGAAGAAGACGUUGAAGGCAGUGGAACUGACGAGGAGCGAGUGGAUAUGUCAGCUAUAACUGGUGUUAAGGAACGAGAAGAAAGACGCGAGCAAUUUUAUUCAGUUCAAUCGGAUGAGCAUGAGCAUGAUGAUUCUGACUUAGAAAUGAAUGAAUGGGAAAAUCAACAAAUCAGGAAAGGUGUUACAGGAGCUCAAAUCAUGACUGCUCAAUCGGAAUCGACACUUUCACAAUAUUUACUACCGCCUCUUUUAAAUAGCAACAAAACUAUAAAGAUUGAAGAUAAAACGCCAUUAACGACUGCUGAACUCUUAGAGCAAGCUUAUUCACAGAAUAAUUAUGAAAUGGCAAAACAGAUGAAGAAAGAAAAGAAAAAGGAGGUGACUAAGAGUUCUGGCAUAAAAACACCACAAGAAAUCCUUAAACUUAUUAAUGAUAAAUUGAGGUCAUCACGAGAGCUUAAUCACAAGCAUUAUUUGGAUAUUGAUAGAAUAACUGAAGAAUUUACAAGCAUAAGAGUUGAUUUGGAAGAAAGUGAGAAAAAUGGACCACAAGCUGCAUCAAAAUAUCGUUUUUAUCAAGAAUUAAAAUUGUACUUAGAUGAUCUUAUUGAGUGCUUGAAUGAAAAAGUGCCACAAAUUACAGCAUUAGAAGAAAGGAUAUUAAGCGUCAGGUCAAAGUACUCGAAAAAGUUGAUUGAAAGGAGGCGGCAAGAUGUUCGUGAUCAAGCAAAGGAAAUAACCGACACAAAAACAGGCAAAAAGACACAGGAGGAUGAAGAGCGCGUCAGAAGAGCUGCUGAACGUGAAGGCAGGAGAACACGUCGUAGACGAGAACGUGAAAAGCUUAGCAUGAACGAAACACACAAUGAUGGAAUGUCAAGCGAUGAUGAAGUUCCUGAUAUUGAAUAUAAUCAAUAUAAAGAACAAAUAUCACAAAUAAAGGAGGAAGCAACGUUACUUUUCGAGGAUGUGACUGAUGAAUACUGUGAACUGCCAUUCAUUUUGCAGAAAUUCGAGGAAUGGAAGAAAAAGGACUUAAAUUCAUACAAAGAAGCUUUUGUUCAUCUAUGCUUACCAAAAGUCAUCGGCGUUUUUAUGAGAUGGGAAAUGAUUCUUUGGACACCGUUUUCAACAGAAUUUUAUGAAGAUAUCGACAAAAUGAAGUGGUAUCAUCCAGCAGCUAUGUAUGGAAGAACAGAAACAGAAACAGAAGAGUCAUUAAGGAACGAUCCUGAUGUAUUUUUGAUUCCGACGGUUUUAGAGAAAAUUGUCUUGCCAAAAUUAAACAAAAUAAUUGAAGGAAGUUUCGAUCCACUCUCAACGACACAAACUCUAAAAUUAGUAAAACUUUUGAAUCAAUUAUCGAAUGACUAUCCAUCACUGAGAAUCACUUCGAAAAAUCUGCAAGCUCUGUUCUCAUUAAUAACGGACAAAAUGAAGCUAGCUUUAGACAAUGACGUCUUUAUCCCUAUUUUUUUGAAGCAAAACUCCGACUCAAAAUCAUCAGCUUUCUUUCAACGACAGUUUUAUAGCGGAAUUAAGCUUUUUAGAAAUUUUAUCAGUUUCCAAGGAAUCGUUGCAGAUCCUUUAUUAAAGAAUUUCGCUAUAGCAUCAUUACUUAACAGAUAUUUAUUGUCAGCUAUGAGAAUUAGUAAUCCAUUAGAGGGCAUAUCAAAGGCUCAAACACUUUUGCAGACUUUACCACGAAUCUGGCUAGUUACAGCAGACAAAAAUUUCAUAGACAGCAUGAAUCUGUUUGUGAUUUAUGUGGGAAAUCUGGAAAGUCAAUUAGAUUCAAAAGGUCCUUUAUAUGCUGAUUCUGUGGAGAAAUUAAAGCAAAUUAUGGCUCGAUUGGAACUAAUGGUCAAAACAUAAGUCACAGUCGUGAUAAACAAGCAAACAAUGUAUAUAAUUUUAAGUAAAACUAAUAAAAUAAGGACUUUCGAAACAAAGGUGUAACGGA